CUCGUAUGUACGUCAUUUCAGGCGGUCCCUUCCAGGUCCUGCCAUCUAAGAUCGUGCAAUGAAAUUAUCUUGAAGGGUCCAGACACAUCCGUUUCUCAAGCUAACGGGUCAUAUCUGUGUGGCAUCAAGGAAUCGAACUAGCAUCACAGCGAGCACCUAGCGUUAUCGGGGCGGGGCCAACAACCAUGACAACUCUGGUUCCCCGCAAGCCAUACACGGACGAAGAGCUUCGCAAGCUCUACCCGGAGCGUCUGAAGCUGCAACUGGUGCAGAUAUUGAUGCGCCAUGGCGAGCGAACACCCGUCUCGGCACGCUUUCAGAAUACCGGUCUGCAGCCCUUCUGGCCAUAUUGUUCCAGCGUGCACCAGAUGAAGUCGGCCAUCUUGGCCGCCAGCGACUCCUCUUCUACUGCCGGCCAAUUCGAGACAUUGAACUGGAAGCGCCGUCUGGAGACCUUUGGCGACAAUGACGAGCCCGUUGUUGCCAGCGGGCCCAAUGGCCAAUUGGACGACGUCUGUGACCUGGGCAGUUUGACCGAUCUUGGCCGGCAGUCCACCUACAAGCUCGGCCUCCGCCUCCGACAGCUCUACGUCGACCGCCUGGGAUUCCUCCCUCCCACUAUCAAGUCCGCUGACUUCAUGUACCUGCGUUCCACCCCGAUCCCACGGGCCCUCGAGUCUCUCCAGCAGACCCUUUCCGCCCUGUACCCGCCGUCAACGCGCGAAGCGGGACCUGACGGCCGAUUCCCCGCGCCGACCAUCCUCACCCGUACUCCCGAAGAGGAGACGCUGUACCCGAACGAUGGCAAUUGCCGCCGCUUUGCCGCCCUGUCCCGUGCCUUUGCCCAGCGCGCCGCAGAGAGGUGGAACCACACGCCGGACAUGGCAUACCUGGACCGGCUGCUGGGAAAGUGGAUGCCGCCUAACACCAAAGUCGCCGUCGACUCGCGUCCGCGGCUCUCCGGGAUUUUGGACACGAUUAAUGCCACGCUUGCGCACGGCCCCGACACGAGGUUGCCAAAGGAGUUUUACGACGAAAAGGGCAGGGACAUCAUGGAGAAGAUCGCAGUGGACGAGUGGUUUGCAGGUUACAAGGAGUCCAGGGAGUACCGGAUGCUCGGUAUGGGGGCCUUGAUGGGGGACGUGGUUGGGCGGAUGGUAGGCAGCGUUGAGCAGAGCAAUGCCGACGGGUCGCGUCUGUUGCUGCAGGCGAGGGGCCAGGAGAAGGAUGAUCGUAUACGAUUCGGCCUGAGCGGGUGCCACGACACCACGCUUGCUGGGGUUUUGGCUAGUCUCGGAGCCUAUGACACUGACCGGUGGCCGCCGUUCACGAGCCACAUUGCGAUUGAGCUGUUUAGGGACUCCAAGAUUCCGGCACCGGCUGGCGAAGUGUUGCAACAGCAGGGCGCUUCCGGGAGGAGCUGGUGGUCGACGCUGUUCGGUUUGGCGGCACACCCUGCCAGCAGCGGAAUUAGGCGAAGGCCUACGCCCGAAUUGAGCCCCCAGGAAAGAGGAAAGCUGGACGGCUACUACGUGAGGAUACGGUACAACGACGAGCCUGUCACCAUCCCAGCGUGCCGGAUGCCUGGCAAUCACCUCGAAGGGGAGGAGUCGUUCUGCACAUUGGCAAACUGGAAGCAACAGUGUCUCAUGAACAAGGACCAGCCGGCAAUGCCAAGCGGGGAGCCUGAAUGGGCUGGUUAUUAAGGGUCUCCCCGGCAGGUUAUGAUUCUGUUGGGAUGCAUUCAUUCUCGGUCUUGGAUUGGCCUCAAUAUCUCACCGUGCAUUGUGUACAUACCGUUGGGUACAACCACCUUUAAGUCUAACUUGCAUCGGGAUCCUACAUAGAAUUAAGAUAGGUUGGUAAAUAUAUACACAAAUAGAUAUACACGUAU